GCCUGCUUCUGUUCCGGAAAGCAUCUCUCCACCUCCGGAUGUCGAAUACUCCGUCGUUCCGCCGUCGUCAAACCAGUCGAACAGUUACGGAGACCGCGUGAGCAACGCACGUGAGCUCGUGCCGCGUGCAUGGCUCUGCCACUAGCGGCUUACACCGCGAUCGAAGCUUCCGUUGCUUUGGUCGCCGUGCUCGGCAACUUCGCCGUCUUGUUCUGCUUCACGCGAGAGCGUCGUCUCCGGCGGCUGACCAACUAUUACAUCCUCAGCCUCGCCGCCACAGAUCUUCUGGUCGGACUCUUUGGGAUCCCCUUCGCGAUCCUCACGAAAGCGGGUCUACCCCGUCAUGCUCCUGUGUCAUGUGUCGCCAUGCUUUCGUUCCUCAUUGUGCUGUGUACCGUGUCCAUCCUGCACCUGGUUGCCGUGUCCCUGGACAGGUACUGGGCCAUCCUGCAUCCGAUGACUUACAAGCGCUUGGCGUCGACGUCUAUCGUGGUCCGCGUGAUCGCGGCAUGUUGGGUCUUGGGAUGCGUCGUGGGUUUCAUGCCCCUGUUUGGAUGGAACAGUGUGGAAGCGGCCCCCGACGGGUACUGUUUGUUUUUGCCAGUCAUGCGGUACGGGUUCCUCGUGUUCCUGUACUUCGCCACCAUUGUGUAUCCGGCGCUGCUGAUCGCGUAUUGCUACUGCAGGAUCUACCGGGUUGUGCGGAAGCAGGUCCGCCAGAUCUCAUCCUUCGAAAAUGCCGUUCGGAACAACUUUGCCGAUACCAGCGGCGAGCAGCAUCCGCUGAAGAACAACAGCCUGACUCCAAUGCACGUCUCCAGCGUUUUCCGCCCAAACAGCGCGCGUUCCGUCGUGCCCAUGGUCAGCCGUCGGGAGGUCCGCACCGCCAAGAUCCUCUUCUCCAUCGUCAUCUUCUUCAUGCUUUGCUGGUUCCCCCUGUACACGUUGAAUUGCGUCAAAGCCUUCUGUAACGGGUGUGAUCCUCCGCAGUGGUUAUUCGACUGCCUCGUCGUCCUGUCCCAUUUAAAUCCCGCUCUUAACCCGUUCCUGUACGCCUAUCAGAUGAGCGACUUCAGGGCGGCUCUGAAGAGAUCGUUCGGCUGCGGAUGUUUAGCGCCGGAGGAGCGCACCCUCAGCCACAAGCUCAGACCCAGUCCAGUGUCGGCAGUGAAUCGAGCCGCUGAGCUUGCUGAUUGAGGUACGAUUGACAAGGUUACUCGUGACCAACCGCGUCACGCGAUUAAAAAAAAGGAAAAGAAAAAGGGGAGAAGUAAGCACUGCACCUCGCAAAGUACUUCAAGCCAAAGAGGAGGGAGGGGGCGACAUAGUAUUAUAGGCGAUACAACAACAGGUAUACGUAAUCUGUUGCCUAACCAUUUCAGAGAAGAAAAAAAAAAGGUGUGAAAAUGUGGUAACUUCGAUAGUUACCACCUAGGUCAACGUAGCGUCUGAUAAAGGGUGUAAAAGGGGUGGUAAACGCAAUUAUCAUAUAUCGAAAUUGCUACAAAAACGCCGUACGCCCUCUAUCGCCCUCCUCGCUCACCGAAUAAGAAGCCGUAACCCUCACGUUCCUGGCGAUGGUUGGCAGACAACGUGCUAUGCGGUGAAGUUCUGUUUUGUGAGUGAGGUAGCGGGUAGAACUUUGCAACCUUUUAGGCCCAACAUACGCGACAACUAUAUUACCUCCUACAAAGUGUAACUACUCCACCUUUCCUUCUGAAGGUGUGGCACGCGCAAAAACACCAGGAAAACAACGAAGGCUCGCUGAUAUCCCCACCAGACACCUUCCAGCGCCUCGUAGCGACAGCUGCUAUACAUGAGACACGCAGAGGCAGGGAAAAGGAGAUCACGAGAGUAUGGUAUACGCCUCCUGGGUCACCUUCACGGAGAAGUGCGUCGACAUCCGUCUGGAUCGAAAGCCCGCCGCAGAAAACGCAGAGAGAAUAUCUCAUGUGCCAUUGUCCAGGACAUCACCCGCGAAGGUCCCAGGAUAGACUCUUCUGGCACGCUUUGCUGUCACGUGUUUUCUUGUUCCUAACUUAAUGUAAUUUAUUGAAGUCACAUGCACUUAUACGUACAGCGCCACUCAAGUAACGACGGCGCAGAAUGUGCCAUGAUCUCAGCGUUGUUAAUAUUGUGCUGGCCGUACACCACCAUGUGCGCUCACUGUUGUAUGUGAAUGUGUAAAUACAUAUAUUGUCUCAUGUUGUCCGUUUA